GUGCCCGCCCCCUGCCUGCUUGGAGUCCUCCAGCGCUUGCGCUCCUCGCUCAGCUCCCCACCCCUUCCGUGAGGGAAAUGGCGGAGCUGUCGGUGGGGCAGCACUGUGGGGUGCCGGACUGCAGGCAGCUGGAUUUUCUCCCCUUUGUAUGUGAUGGCUGUUCGGGUGUUUUUUGUCUUCAGCACAGGAGCCGGGAUGCUCAUGGGUGUUCUGAGGUGAAUGUAAGAAACAACCCUGUGAAACCAGAUCAGCACACAUCUUACCUAUGCUCAUACAAGGACUGCCAUGCAAAGGAACUUUUGCCAGUUUUAUGUCCCUACUGUGAAAAACAUUUUUGCCUGAGGCAUCGGCAUCAAUCAGAUCAUGAGUGUGAAAAAAUGGACACACCGAAACCUCGAAUGGCUGCCACCCAGCAGCUAGUUAAAGAUAUUAUAGAUUCUAAAAAAAGUGAAGAAAUAAAAAGCAAAAAGCGCAAAGGAGCAAGAAACAGUGAAACAGCAGCAAAAGUGGCAUUAAUGAAACUGAAAAUGCAUGCAUGUGGUGACAAGUCCUUGCCUCAGACAGAAAGAAUUUACUUUCAAGUCCUUUUACCAAAGGGAAACAAAGAGAAAAGCAAGCCUAUGUUCUUCUGCAGUAAGUGGAGUAUUGGCAAAGUAGUAGAUUAUGCAGCUUCAUUAGCAAGCCUUAAAAAUGACAACAACAAAUCAACAGCCCAGAAACUGAGGUUAUGCCACAGUGCCUCUGGAGAAGCGUUGCCGUUUGAGCACACGUUGGAAAAAUGGCUGUCUGAUGAAGAGUAUCCAUUAUUCAAUGGUGGAAAUAUAAUUCUGGAGUAUCUCGAUAAUGAUGUUUUAUUUAUAGAAGAUACAGAGUCAUACUUAACUUAGUAAAUUAUUGUGAACGAGACAACAGAAGAUCUUCUACAAGUGUUGUAUUCAAACCAAGGCCACUUUCUUCUUCAUGGAAUCAUAGAACAGCUUGACUUGGAAAGGACCUCAACAAUGAUCUGGUUCCAUUGGCAGGGUUUGCUACCCUUAAAUGACCCUGAGUUUCAAAGGGUGCUUCGACAUAAUAAAAUUACAUCUCUA